UAUUCCUCUUGGAAGCAUUUAGGGAUUUGGGUGAUCACAACCUGCAACAAGCAGUAAGAAAAAAUCUGCUUACCCAAAGUUACGUUUUCUUUCCCAUCAUCCAUCUGGGGAAGGAGCAUGCGCUACGAGGGGGAAGUGGAUGGUGGAGAUAAAGAUCAGUUCAGUGGUGUUAAAGAUGAUGUUAGAGAAGAGAACGGUGAUCGGAUGGCAACUUCAGUGCUGACUUUACCACUCCUAUCUCCCGGAAACAAGACACACUGACCUCCGAGCUAAUAGGAUUGGCUGGUUCACACAGGAAGAUCAGCAAAGCCCUCCCCAAUCCAAAGCUAAGACUUUUGAGGUGGACAAGGAGGAAUUAGAGGGGAUAGAGCGACCAAAGGAGGAAGCAGGGCAUUCCGCUUCAGUCUCUGUGCCUGUCUCUAUCCACUCGUCCAUCCCGAGCACAGGGGAAGCCGGCAAAAUUUCUUUCCUUGAGGAACUUGACAGGGAAGCGUCAGACGACGAGAUGGGUAGCGGAGCGAGUGCAGAGGAUAAGGAAAUGGCCAAGAAGUCCAAAGAGCUGGAAAAACAGCUCCAGGAAGAUGCUGAUAAAGAAGCAAAAACUGUCAAACUUCUGCUGCUGGGUGCUGGUGAGUCAGGGAAGAGCACCAUUGUAAAACAGAUGAAAAUUCUCCAUCAAGGUGGUUAUACAAAAGAAGAACAAAUGGAGUUUCGAUCUAUUAUUUUUGGCAACAUCCUGCAAUCUGCUCUGGCUAUCAUCAGAGGCAUGGAGAUGCUGGACAUCAACUUUGGGUCACCAGCAGCACAGGAGGACGGUCAGAAGCUCCAGAACCUGUCUGACUCCAUUGAGGAGGGCUCCAUGCCUCCAGAGCUGGCAGACGUUAUCAAGAGGCUAUGGAAGGAUUCGGGUGUGCAGGCCUCGUUUGAGAGAGCUGCUGAGUACCAGCUGAACGACUCUGCUGGAUAUUACUUGAGCGAAAUGGACAGAAUCUGCAAACCUGACUACCUCCCCACUGAGCAGGAUGUGCUGAGAUCUCGAGUCAAGACUACUGGUAUCAUUGAGGAACAGUUCUCCUGCAAAGAGCUCCACUUCAGGAUGUUUGAUGUGGGUGGCCAGAGGUCAGAGAGGAAGAAGUGGAUUCAUUGUUUCGAAGGUGUGACUUGCAUCAUCUUCUGUGGAGCCCUGAGUGCUUAUGAUAUGGUGUUGGUAGAAGAUGAUGAAGUGAACCGCAUGCAUGAGAGUCUCCAUCUCUUCAACAGUAUCUGCAACCACAGGUUCUUCGCCACCACUUCCAUUGUGCUUUUCCUCAACAAGAAAGAUCUUUUCCAGGAGAAGAUCAAGAAAGUCCACCUGAGUAUCUGUUUUCCCGAAUAUGAUGGUGAGUGAGGUCUCUAUAAAAAUAAACACACCACCUUUAAACCGUAAUUUACCCAAAAAUGAAUUAUCUCACCCUCAAUCCGUUCCAAAUAUGUAUGCCUUUCUUCUGUAGAACACAACUUCUAAAUUUUUUUAAGAAAGCAUCCUGGCCAUUCUUUUAAAUAUACUGAAGGCAAAUAAGGACUGGAGUUAUGAAGCUAUAGAAUGACAACAAAGAACCACAAAAGUAUCAUAAAAGAGGUCCAUAUGCCUUGUUACUCUUUCGAAACCAUAUGAUAGCUUUGUGUGUGGUACAGAUUUAAAUUUAAGUUGGUAAUCUUGAUUUGCCCUAGCUGUAGCUCUUCUUGGCACGUUCAUGAGACAAUGUCUGAUUCACAAAUUAAUCCUACUUUUGAGUCCAAUCUUUUAAAUGAACUCAUUGAACUAUUCACAGUGGUUAACAGCUCACUGGAAGUGAGGAAGUGAAUAAUGAAUCAUUACUUAAAUUCAGUCUGCUUCUGAUGUGGCUAUGGCUGGUAUGGAUCUUUUAUUGUGUUUUUGCAUUUUGUUUGUAACUUCACAGUCAUUCACAUCAUUAUAUUGAAAUAGUCAUCAGAAUAUUCUUCAAAAAUUCCUCUCAGCAGAAGAUAGAAGGUCAGACAGGGUUAGAUCAGCAUGAAAGUGAGUAAAUGAAUGAAAUGACUAUUCAACAGUAGCAAACACUUGGCGGUACUAGAACUGUAAAUAAAAAUGCACAACAGUCUUAACAAUCUU